AUGGCUGGAGUAGCUGCAAUGUGUGGAGGAGAUGGAGCACCCUUUUUGGCUCUAAAGCUCUAUUCCUCUUUAUUAUAUGUACCUUCCAUCGCAGUUUUAAUGGUGAUGAACAAGAUUCAACCAGAAAGACAUACCAGAGCAAGUCUUUUGGGUGGUGAGCUUGUAAAUCAAGACGACGAUCCCGGCGACAUGAAUAGCUUCAAAGGCAACGAAGAAAUGGGUGUAAUCUUCGACCAGAAGUCUGAGGGACUCUCAGCUAGCAGAAGAACAAAGAAACGCUUCGAGGAGCGUGAAAAACAAAGGAGGCCUGUUGGGAGGGUGGGCAAGGAGCGUCAAACCACCAUCGCCCAAAUCAAACCACCUAGAAACCAGGGUGUUUGCACUGAGGGACUUGCUGACGCCGCCUGUCCGGGGAUUUGGGAAAGUGAUUUGCCGCUUGUGUGUUGCCAUGGAGCCGUUGCUUGUCCGGAGAUUUGGGGAAGACUCGCCUAA